GAUAACUUGACGCGGAUCUCCUGCCGAGGAGCGGAGCGGCAGAGCGUCGUGAUCCAAUGCUGGGGAGCCGGGAAUCAGGGACCGCGGGCUGCGGGGAGGCGGCCGCUGGGCCGCCGGGGCCCCCGAGCGGGGCACACUGCGGGGAGGAGAGGCCUCCGGGCGGCGCCGGGUGUCGCCUCACCGGCCUGGUCAGCUGGAGGCAGAGACCGUGCAGGACUUUAGCGCUGUUUGCUGCAGCCAACGCGGUGAUCUGCUUCGUGGCCUUCAGCUCCUUCCGAACCUACAGCCUCCUGAUCGUCCUGAUGGCUCUGCUGGUCGUCAUGACGACCGCCAGAGACUUCGCUAGGUCCAGAUCUACAGGAGCUCACUUGUGGCGCAGCAUGACGGCAAGCUGGGAGAUCAUAGACUCAGGUCAGGACAGCCAGUCUGGGACUGGACCUCAGCUCAGCGACUCCAUCAAACUCUUCCUCCAGGAGACAUCAGCUUUCAAACAGCAAAACCCUGGCAAGUUUUGCCUGCUAGUUUGCAGUUUAUGCACCUUCUUUGCUGUUUUAGGACGCUACAUUCCAGGGAUUAUUAUCUUAUAUAUUCUUGUUCUCGGCGUUUUCCUGUGGCCUCUGAUCUCAUUUCACGAGGUUGGUUUGUGGCUGGAGCCAGUUCUGCAGAAGCUGGACUUUGGCAUUGGGGAGUUCCUUCAGAAAAUCAAAGAGAACCAUGAGAAAAGAAUCAUGCAGGCUCAGACUGAGAAAGAAGGCAUCGAGUCGGACCUCUCUUCCAUGUUUCCCAAGCUCGACUCCACAGUCUGUAAGGAAAUGUCUGUGUCGGACACUGAGGUGUCUGAUGUGACGUGGACGGACAAUGGCACUUUCAACCUGUCAGAAGGACACACACCACAGACUGAGAACUCAGAGGACCUCGACAGAGAAGAGGCGUUCACUGGAGGCCUUCUGGAAUUCCCCUCACUUGACAACGGGGCAACGACCAACGGUGACGACGACGACGACUUCAGUCUCGGCCUCCCCUCGCCUCAGCUGCCGAUCAAAUCCAGGCAUGCGCCCCCUCCUCACAAAGACCAACCCGCCGACCAAGCCCUCAAAUUGGUCAACCAGAUGGCGGGCGACUUCAUUGCCGCCGCCGUCACAGCCGCCAUGCAGGAGAGGAUAGAAGCGGCGGUCGGCUUCGCCGCGCUGAGCUCCGACUCGGAGCGGUCCAGACCCCCCGAUGCCACCAUGCUGAUGGAGCUGGCCGAGGAGUCGGACAGCGAGGUGGAGGACUUUGAGCUGCUGGACCAGUCGGAGCUGGAGCAACUGGAGGGGGAGCUGGGGCUGGGAGAGGAGAAGGCCCAGACCAAAGAGGAUGCCCAGACCAAGCCGGCCUCUCCUGGAUUCUUCUCCAAUCUCCUGAGACGCCACUGAUUGAUGACGAGUACAAUCGGCAUGGGAACGAGGAGGGGUGACAGAGGACAUGUGGAGGGGAGGCUGGGGGUGUUCUGGUCACAGAAGACUGUUGAAGGGGUGGGUGGGGGAGGGGCGUGUGAGAAAACAAUGUUUCCAUUUUUGUUCUUUUCUGUAGAAUUUAACAUCAACCAUUCAAAACGGUUUGUAAAAAAAAUGCAGGCGGAAGUUACUUUAAUCAGAUCAUCGCAGCCUAAUGCAGAGUUCAGACUACACGAUAUCAACCAAACAAUGGCCCGAAAAAAUGAGCGCUGGGUGCCGACUGCGUAGUGCGUCAUAGUGAAAGACUACUGAUGAGGCACCUGGGACCUGUCACAGGUUACUGUGAGCGAGAGGAAACUAAAGUGAAAAUAAUUCACUGGAGAACGUGGAGGUUUUUUUUUCUUCUUCUGUGCAAUCUGCACAUUUCACUGCAUAUUUAUUUAUUUAUCUAUCCAUUUUGUUCAACAUUCAACACGUCAGGUCAGAGCAUAUUUGAUUAACCUACUGGUCCAUAAUGGUCCAUUACGAUACUCAAACAUAUUGUGUAGUCUGAUCUCAGCACUAAUCAAUUGCUGUAGUUACAUUUUUUCUUUUCAAAGCAACUUUUUAUCACCUAAUCACAUUUUUUAGAUACAAACAUAUUAUUAAAUAGUAUAUAAACACGUAUUAAGUGUUAUUCAGACUCUAACUUA